UACCAUUCUCUUAUGAGCUUGAAUAAAUAUUUUCAUUGUAGGUGAUCUGUUGGGGAAUCUUUCAUUCCUCUUAAAAUCCUGUGGUGCGCGAGACCUCGUGGUACACGUGGUAGAAGUACUGUUUGCUUGUCUGACACAUGAGAUAACAAGAGAAGCUUGGACACUGCAAAAAAGCCGAGAAUAACACCAAAGAAUUACUUAUCUACUAGUAGAUCUUCACCAUCGACUUUGCCGAGUACCUGUUCCCUCCUCACACACUCUGACCUGACUGACCUGGUCACGCACGUGUCUUUGGGCGACACGCGCCCUCGCGCUGAGACUAAAUAAUGAAAUUAUCGGCGAAUCUCUGUUUUGAGUGAAGCCUCGAUUGUUUGCCAUUUCUUGAAAGCCUCAGUCCGUUGUGUGCGGUUAAAACGAGCGUAGAAUCCCGCCUCGUCCCGCGCCUGCGUCAGCAGCAGAUACCGCGGCUUGCCAGUCAAUAGCCAGGACAAAGUCUUGCUGCGCCGUCGUCGCUGUCGGUAAUCGUCGUCGUGUUCGUCAUAAACCUGUCAGAGGUGUCCUGGCCAUGCCGAAAAUGGAAAGGAUGGACUCAGCAGAGUCCUCUGGCACCUGCGAGGGGAAGGCCAAUGGAGCUCUGCGCACCAUCGAGGGGGUGUCCAGGGCCAUGGACGAACAGGAAGCGGAAGCUGGUGGCAGACACAAGCAGCCCGACACCUACGACACUACAGAUGGAGAGGAGCGAAAGGUGAUGUUGAUUGGCGACAGUGGCGUCGGCAAGACCUGUCUGCUUGUCCGUUUCAAAGACGGAACUUUUCUGUCGGGUAGUUUUAUCUCCACCGUGGGUAUCGACUUCAGGAAUAAGGUGGUGGAAGUAGACGGCGCUAAAGUCAAAUUACAGAUCUGGGACACAGCGGGGCAAGAGCGCUUUCGAAGCAUUACUCGUGCUUAUUAUCGUGAUGCCAACGCACUGCUUUUGCUGUAUGAUGUUACAAACAAAACCAGUUUUGACAACAUACGGGCUUGGCUGGCAGAGAUCAAUGAGUAUGCUCAGGAGGAUGUGGUCAUCAUGCUGCUAGGCAACAAGUGUGAUGCAUCAUCAGAGAGAGUCAUCAGGAAAGAAGAAGGAGAGAGAUUAGCGAGGGAAUACGGUGUUGCAUUUAUGGAGACUAGUGCCAAAACAGGAGUCAAUGUCGACCUAGCUUUCAUGGCUGUAGCAAGAGAUCUCAAGAUGAAGAAGACAAGACGACCAAAUGAGCCGAAGUUUUGUGUGGCUGACUAUGUGGAGCAAGAAAAGAGGCAAACUGGUUGCUGCAGCUAGCAUUUAUCCACUGACAUUUUUCAUGUGGAUGUAUCUUGAGUCCUGUCUUCAGGUAUAUGCCACACAUUUGUACCAGAUGAGCUGCAUUGUGAAUUAGGGGCUGUCAGCUGGUUCAGUACUCUUUGUACUUUUGAGAACUUGUCAUGUAGUUAUGUUUGAUCCCAAGAGGAUGUUAAGCAAGCAUCUGGCAUGAGCAGAGGUUCAGACCUAAGCUGUUCAACAUGCAGACUUCUAUGUAGCAGGCAGAUGACAAGGGGAUGAAGCAUACCCAUAUUCUUUUUGCCAUUGGAAUACCCUGUGAUCCUAUGAGCUCUUAAAAAAACUCAUUAUUUAGAGGAUAUUCAAUCAUACAGCAAGUAGUGAAACUAUAUUCUUGACAGUGUAAAAGUGUGCUUGCAUGAGUACGUGAAAAUGUUGAGGUGUCAGUGCAGUUGGCGAGAAUGGGAGGACACAAAGUUGCAAAUUUUCAGACAAUGAGUGUGUACAGUUGCAAUGCUAUGGAAAUACACAUACAAAGUGAUGGUCAAGUUUGACAUUCCAGUUUAAUAUAUAACAUUAAUAAUUGUGUUCAGAGCAAGUAAUAUUUCUAGAUUAGCCUCUGGCAAAGUGGUAAAGAAAGAACAAGAAAUUAAUGUUUAAAGAUGGUUGACAUUCUUUAUGAUCCAGCAUUUAUUCAAACAAAAUUAUUACAAUCAUUUACAUUUAUGUGGCACUUAUAGGGGAUGACCUGUACCCAGAAGUCCAGUGAAUGCAAUAGAAAAAGUCUUGAUUUUACUGCCUUUCUCGGUGUUCCUUCUCAAAGGUUUUAAAGUUAUUCUCUUGUGCACGGACCGGGUGCGUCGUAUGGGUUGAGGGAGACCACAGUACAGCCACAUAUCGGUUUGUUCUUGAAAAUACUGUAGAACAUUAAAAAAAACUGUUCUUAAAGCAGUGACAGGAUUUUUUAAGGUAAGAAGAAGAAACUAGAAAAUUCAGAGCUUUUCAAUUUAUAUAGGUGGUAGACUGAAUUAUAGCAACUUCGCGUACGUUUUAACAGUUGCAGUAGAGUACAAGCUAGGCAAAUAACAAGAUAUUUAAAGAGAUAGCAGGGAGAAAAGUUAAGAAAAUGCCAGCACUGUCAUUGGAGGAAUCAGAGCAGUUUGCUGCUGUGGUAUCAUGACAGGUGAACAGAUGUGAGGUAUUUUACUCAAGAAAUCAUUCCUAGCUAAGCUAUUCCUUUGCCAGCAGCAUGGCAUUGAACCUCAAUUUUGUGUCAUCUGAGGAAGAAUGCUUUGAUACAAUUCACUUUGUCAUUUCCUGUUAUUUAUUGUUGAUUUUUUGAUGUUAAUAGAUCUGUCUAUGACUUGUACAUGCUGUCAAGUCAUUUAUUUGAAAGAAUGUGUGAUGUAAGUGUUGUUUCCAGCAGAAGGCAUUUUGUACUCUUAAUUUUUAUGUUGCAGCAUUUUGCUUUUGUUUUUUUACCAUAGAUAUAUUGUAAAAACAGUUUUAAAUCGACGGUUCUAGGAAAGGUUUAUUAUUGGUUUUUUUUUUUGGUUUCUUUUUACGUAGACUGUACAUGUUUAAAUAUAUCACAGAGCAACAAAAUGCAUGUACACAUAUUCAAACCUGAAGUAUGCAUGUACAUACAGAACACCUACACAAUCCCCCUUUCUCUGAACUCUUAAACUUCCCCCUCACCAUCUGCUUAUGACAUCAGUUCAUUUUGCCUGGGUGAACGCAUGUGUAGAAUUUGUAUUCACUGUAGUCACCCUAUAAUAUUUAGAAGAAUGUGUAGAGAAUUUUAGUAAAGGUGUAGAACAGGUGUAAUGAUUCAUGCAGUCAUACUUGUUGUGGCCAAGUGCAAGCUAAACUGUACACAAAUUGUGCAAUCUAAGGACCUUAAGGUCCACUUUUCACCUUGUAACACGUGUUCUUUCUGGCAGGUCUGUGUUUUGUUUCCAUCUGAUAAUUUAUAUUAAAGGAAACAAACCUUAUAGUGAUAUUCCCACUUUCCUGAAACCACAGGAGUGGACAUUAGUGUUCAAAACGCUGUACAUCUGACUGGAUUUGUGCAGACUGAUAUGAAGAUGUGACACUGAAUAUAUUUUGUAAAUAUUAAACGCUACUUAAGAAAAAAGAGGCAUUUAAAAAUACUUUCAGUUGUAUGUACUUAUAGUGGUGAUAUAAAUUAAGGGUACAUGUGGACUCUAGAGCUAAAAAUGGAUUAACGUUUAGAACUAAGACAAGGACAAUGCAAGAACGAGGAAAAUGAAAUACAAUAAUAUAGAGGAAUGAUAAGAGGAGGUGUAGCGAUCGUCUGGAUAUUUUUUGGAGGGCCACCAUGUUGCUGGUGGAAGUGCAAGAGUGUCAGUUUAAGUAGGCUCUCUUUUCUCUCUGAUACUGCUUUUAUGAGCUAAACAUCAUUCAGCAGACAUCUUGAUACUAGAUAUUAUGAAAUGUCAUUCUAUGUUUUUGGUGGUGGUUAUGAAGCUAAGAAGAGGCAGAACUCACAUUAUAUGAAGUUAAACCAGACUUAAAGCAAAAAUUUGCAAUGGUGUUUCAAUGUAAUUAAAGAAAAUUAGAAAUGUCUUCUUCAUUAAUAUUUUUACUACACUAAAAUGAAUUAAAAUAUGUAAUGUUGCUCGAAAUUUUCAUUUGAAUGAUUAAUAAUUUACUCUCAUAAUGUGACUAAGGAAACUCAUAAUAAUUUGCAGAUAUAAAAGUCUCAUCUUAUUUUGUGUCAAGUCAUUUAGUCCAAUCAUGAAGUUUACACAAAUUUACAUAUUGCCACAAUUUAGAAGUUUUAUAGAAUGCAAUAGCAUUUAAAAGUGAGGCUAGAUCUCCUUAAAGACUGCCCAAGGAUUCGUAAUAUGUGAAUAAUGAUGUUCAUAUUUAUGUUUUGGUGGUAAACCACAUUUUUUUUUCUUUUGCUAACCCAAUCAUGGAUGUAAAUAAUACAUUUUAUGUUGGUAAAUUAAAUUAUCCAAUAAUUACAAACUU